AUGGCGAAUAAUGUCUCAACUCCCUACGUAUUGGUAUCGGACGGAAUACUUCUGGAUAGGAAAGUUGACUUGGUCAUGCUUUCUGAAAUUUCGUUCAACUUGUCACUUACAGACUACCCUCAUUGGGAUAUGAAGUGGGAGCUCAAGCGUUAUUAUCUCACCCAUAUGUCCUAUUGGAUGCAGCAAUUGCUGGUACUCGUCCUUGGGCUUGAGAAACCUCGCAAAGAUUACUGGGAACUCGUAGCACAUCAUCUCGUUACUCUUUGGCUCGUUGGCUGGAGUUACUUAAUCAACCUCACUCUCAUCGGCAACGCUGUUUACAUGAGUAUGGACAUACCUGACGCGGUCUUCGCGUUCUCAAAAAUCCUCAACUACAUUCAAUGGGAGAGGGCAAAAGUCGUAUCAUUUGUGAUAUUCGUCUUCGUAUGGACAUACUUCCGCCACCUGAUGAACUUCAAGAUACUCUGGUCAGUGUGGUACGAAUACGACCUGAUUCCUGAAACCUCAAGACGAUGGAUAUGGUCGGAUGGUACAUACUUGACCUGGUGGAUGAAAUACCAAGCUUUUACACCCCUGCUUUUACUGCAAAUUCUCAACUUGUUCUGGUACUAUCUCAUCUGGCGAGUCGCAGUUCGGGCUAUUGCCGCUCCGACAGAGGUGGACGACCUACGGUCUGAAGACGAGGAUGAUGGCGACGGCGACGGCGCUGUUAAGCGUUUAGAUGGAAAAGAGGAAUGA